UUAUAUAUAAAGGGCCCUGAUAAACAGUGACUUCCCUUGUCUAUUAAAUUUCCUCUCUCUCCCCGUCUCUCGCCUCGCGCAAGAUCUCUCUCUGUUGAUUUCCCUCUCUUUUUCUCUCUCUACAUUCAAGGCUUCAAUCAAUUAGAUAACCAAGUCAUUCAUACUUAGCCCUCCGUCAUGAGUGCUGAAGCUGUAAACCAGGAGAAUGGCAAUGGAAGCUUGGGGUGUGAGAAGAAAGUCAAAGUUGUCUUUGUUUUAGGUGGUCCAGGUAGUGGAAAGGGAACGCAGUGCUCGAAUAUUGUUGAGCAUUUUGGGUUCACCCAUCUCAGUGCCGGGGAUCUCCUCCGAGCAGAAAUUAAAUCUGGUUCUGAAAAUGGAACCAUGAUCUCGAACAUGAUAAAGGAAGGUAAAAUUGUACCUUCCGAGGUUACAGUUAAGCUUCUUCAAAGGGCGAUGAAUGAAAGCGAGAAUGACAAAUUCCUUAUUGAUGGAUUCCCUCGCAAUGAAGAGAAUCGUGCUGCAUUUGAAAAUGUGACUGGCAUUGUACCUGAGUUUGUACUAUUUUUUGAUUGUUCGGAAGAGGAGAUGGAAAAGCGCCUAUUAGGCAGGAAUCAGGGAAGAGAAGAUGAUAAUAUUGAAACAAUCAAGAAGCGCUUCAAGGUUUUCAUGGAAUCUAGUAUCCCUGUGGUUGAUUAUUACGCUUCCAAGGAUAAAGUUAGAAAGAUUGAUGCAGCAAAGCCCAUAGCUGAGGUUUUUGAGUCAGUCAAAACUUGCUUCGCCCCAGUUCAUGAAAAGGCUGCAUAGAUGUAAGAACUGCACCCCACAAUACCAACAUUAUUGAGGUGGUGCUAACUGGUAUGGUGUUAUUUUUGCUGCACUAAAUAUACUUAUUAACACAAAAGUAACAAGGCAGCAUAUCUAUUUACUUGCAAUUAUAAUAGUUACAAGUGACAAAGGCAAUUAUGUUUCAAAUAUAUUUUUAUCUUCUUAUCUUGUGAUGAAAUUCUCUUAAUAUUGAACAGUAAUAAAACUAUCCAUGAAGAUAGUUCUUUAUUUUUUCUUUAUGGUACAGUCUUUAAUUUUCCAAUGUACAAGGUGUCAUACCUUUAUAUGUGAUUUUAUUUGUAAACCUGCCUUCAAUUCCAAUUGUGUGUUGUCAAAUAGAAAAUUUGGUGAUUGCUUUCUAAA